AUGGAAAGCUUUUUAACAUCCUCCACACUGUCCAGCAAAAUGCCAGAUAUAAAUGAAUGUUCCAUUGCCAAUGGUGGCUGUGAAGAUCAAUGCUGUAAUACAAUUGGCAGUUACUACUGCAAAUGUCAAGCAGGCCAGAAGCUGGAGGAAGAUGGCAGAGGAUGUGAAGAUGUCGAUGAAUGUGUGGUAGUGAAUGGAGGCUGCCAGCAGCGUUGUAUUAACACUCUGGGCACCUUCCACUGUGAAUGUGAUACGGGAUACAGACUCCAUGCUGAUGAACGCACCUGCAUAAGAAUUGAAUUGGAAGUUGUCAAUAGCUGUGAAAUAAACAAUGGUGGUUGUUCUCAUCACUGUGAACAUGUGAUUGGUGGGCCCCGCUGUUUUUGUAACCCUGGACACCAGCUUGAUUCAGAUGAGAAGACAUGCAUAGACUUUGAUGAAUGUGAGAGUGGAGAAGCUUGCUGUGCCCAGCUCUGUAUCAAUUAUUCAGGAGGCUAUGAAUGCGGUUGUCAGGAAGGCUUUUUGAUCAGCUCUGAUGGUUGUGGAUGUGAUGCUUUAGAUGAUGAUGAGCUAGAGGAAGAAAAAGAACAAUUAGAAGUUGUGAGGUUUCCAGGUCUUCUAUUCAAGAAACCACCUCAGCUGCUUAAUUAUGUUCCUGCCUCUCUGUCACCCAUCUAUGAAAAUGAAAAUGAUGAGGAGGAAGAUGUAAAAGAUAUUCAAGGAGAACUGACUGUAUUGCACACAUUUGUCUGUUUAGAUCACACCUUUGGACAUGAUUGCAGUUUAAGCUGUGAGGACUGCAUGAAUGGAGGAAGAUGCCAGGAAGGAAAAAUGGGGUGCAUCUGCCCCGCUGGUUGGGGUGGAAUUCUUUGCAAUGAAACAUGUUCCCUGAAGACUGGUGGGCAAGAGGAUGGUGGCAGCAUGUGCCACUGUCAGAACGGAGGAACCUAUGACCGGCUGAGGCGGCAAUGCCGGUGCCCCCCAGGUGUCCACGGGAAGUCCUGUGAAGAUGGAUGCCCAAAAGGAUUUUUUGGGAAGAACUGCAGAAGGAAAUGUAACUGUGUCAACAAUGGCUCUUGUCACCGGGUCUACGGUGCCUGUAUGUGUGAGCCAGGGCACUACGGGAGGUUUUGUCAUCUGAACUGUCCCAAGGGGGCCUACGGUGCUGGCUGCUCUGCAGAAUGUCAGUGUGUAGAAGAGAACACCCUGGAAUGCAGCGCCACAAAUGGCAGUUGCACCUGCAAAUCUGGUUACCAAGGCAACAGAUGCCAGAAAGCCUGCCCUGAUGGUCUCUGGGGAGAAGAGUGCCGGUUGUCCUGUGGACCCUGUGAGAAUGGAGGUCAAUGUAACAAAACAUCUGGAAACUGUGACUGUACUCCUGGUUACACAGGAUCAGCCUGCACUGUGGCCCUUGGGCAGACUGAUCUUGGAGAAGGCUACUGUGAACCUUUGAAAGUGGAGGCCAGUUGCCGAGAUACUGAUAUGGUUCCUGGUUUUGCUGCGGAUACUGCCUGGCCCAGCUGUGCGAGUGAGGCCUCUUGUGAGAUCAUUUUGGUGGCUGUGGCCACCUGA